AACGGAAAAUUCGGUUGGCCUGUUUUCGUGCGCAUCCUCCCGAAUGACGUCGUAUUUAAAGAGCGAUUGAAAACAAACACAGCCAGUUGAAUAUCAUUGCUGAUUGUAUUCGGACACCGCUAGUUCAAAAAGGGAGAAGAAGAAGAAGAAGAAGAAGAAGAAGAAGAAAUGGAAAUGAGGUACAUCCCCAUCGUCAUCCUGAUUGCCUGCUGCUGUAGCCUGGCAGGAUGCAAGUCACUGCGUAAACGGAGAUUCGCACAACAACAACCACAAGCCACAGGCCAGUAUUCGGGAAACAUUGACCUAAUAAGCCUGCUUCUUCAAGGUCAAAGUCAAGCCCAAAGUCAGAACGCUUCGGUGGGUGGCACCACAUACUCUUUACAGAAUCCGUCGCCUGUACCUGUCUAUCAGCCAUACUAUGCCAAUUAUCAACAAGGGAUGUCUCCGUACCAGAAGCUCCUUCAGUACUGGGUCAUGAUGAACAGAAUGUACAUCCCUGGCAUGCAGAUCAACAACGACCCUCGCUUCCCCGGAGGCGGUGUGGUCACUGCGGGUGAUGGCAGAGAUGGCACGGUCGUCAACCGUUACGGCAUGCGGGCCACCGUUGACGGCACAGACAUUUCUUGGGAUGGCGGGUGGUGAAUUUGACAGUUUAAUGUAUAGGCUAGUUAUGUACUGUUGCCAUUUGGCAGUUGUUUCCAAGCUACAUGGCCAAUCAUUCCCGUUUCUGAGACUCGUCGAAGAAACAUAUACAGUAGCAACGGAGGCAAAGUUUUGUUGCAUAUUUCUGAUAUCGGGAAGGUUUGAGAGUCAAAUCUUUUGACAUACAAUUUAGAAAGAUGAACUCGUUCUAACGCGUGUCACUCGACAUUCAUAAGUACCAUGUACCUUCCAUUACUCCUGUUAUAUUUUACCUCAGUAUAAAUAUGUCCCAAACUACCAGAAAACAGUAACUUUCCAUAAAGAAUGAUGUUUGCGUUUUAUUGCUGAAUACACUGUCCACAUAUUCGUAAGGGUAUUUAAUCUACUACCGUUAGCUAGUUCAGUUUGGUGCUGUUAUGUUUAAUUUUAUAAAGCAAACGGUUUGUGUGUUGAGUGAUCACGUCAGUGCAAGUGGUGAUUAAGAGGUAUAUGGUAUCCACGGAAUUAUGUCUCUUAAGUCGUAACAUCCAUCCAUGGCAAAUUUCAGUUUAAUUUCCUGUUCCAUCUCUGAAAGUGCCAACAGAUUUGUACAUCGGCGACAUGUGAAAAACGUAUGAUGCGUUCGCUGCAAGAGAUCACAGUGACAUAUAGCUCCUUUCGAAAUGUCCUCUUGUGUUGAUAAAAUGUAUUUUGACAAACGACAUUUCAUUUCAAAGAGCCUUAAUCAUUCUUCAUCUUGUACAGUUAUCGAUAAUAAAGUGUUGUUUUUUUAUAAGGA